AUGUCUGAAAUCAGUGCGAGACUUUCACCUUUUACUGAAGACCUCCAGAAAGCCAUUAACCAUCAUAUCUACUGCGAGUUUCAGGCGAGCUUUGCAUAUUAUGAAUAUACUUUUCUUGCCUAUUCUUGCGCCAAGGAAGAAAACGCUCUCCAUGGCUUCAAGCAAUAUUUUCAUCGUUCUGCGAUCGAAUGUCUCGCCGAUGCAAACGCUUUUAUGCAUUAUCAAUGUCAGCGCGGGGGGGAUGUCGAAUUAAGAGAAAUUAGUGCACCCAAGCUUUUCUGGGGCGAUCCAAUUGGUGUUUUCGAAAAAGUCCUCGAAAUGGAAAAAUGUAUCUCCGAAGAUCUUUACAAGUUGGAUGAAAUCGCAGACAAGUGUGGUGAUAGGGCAGCUUGCAGCUUUAUCGAGAGUGGCUUUUUGGAAAAGGAGACGAGGCAUGUCAAAACAACUGCCGAUUUACUUCGUCAAAUGAAACGUGUUCAGGGCGAAGGCGUCGGUCUUUUCAAUAUUGACAAAGAGUUGCGAAAGAAUGAAGGAAAGGUUCCGUGGUCCAAUUGUGCCACAGAAGUUCAGGAAGCUCUUCUUAAUCUUAAGUUUUAG